UUCUUGAGUCCCGCCUCUCUAACUCACAUGAUUUGCGAGCGUGUAAUGUAAGCUGCAUUGACUUUGUACAACUCGCAAAAGCUCGAUCAACAAGACACGUAGGAUUAUUCGGGCUACAGAUCAGCAAGUAUGCCGAUUCAGAACGGAGACCUGCAGGUGGGAGGAGCUUAUGCCAAGACCUGCAAGUGGAAGGAAGCUAGGUCCUGUGCCUAGCAUGCAUAACAUUACAUUGACCAAAUAUAAACUGUGGCGUACGAACUAAUUCAACAACACCCUCUACAGUAAAUAAACCAAUCAAAAUCCUUUGGAGAUUUGUACAGCACACUUGCUGCUAAAGUCCCACCCAAUUCAGGUUGAUACGUCCAUUUGCCUCUUUAUCCAUAUUCGCUUAUCCAUGAGUGAUGCGUGGUGGCGCGCGGCCAAGAUGGAACAAACCUAUGGGUGACAUCAUGGACACUACGUCCAUAUUUUUAAUGUCUGAGGUUUAUCUCCACUUCAGCUUCUUAUCAGAUUCCAAGCUGUGACCUGAUUUGCUACUUUGAAAGUGGGAGGGGCUAUUAAAUAUGCUGCGCCUUAACUUCCUGUUUAGUUGCUUUAUUUGCUUUUUAAAGAACAUUUCCAUUGCUUACAAAAAAGUGAAUGGGGACUUGGAAUGUUUGGCUUUGAAAAUAUUUUAAAAACCACCAUAAAGGUUGAAUGCAUGAUUGUGAUUGUGACUCAUACAUAUGAGUCACCUGAAGCAUGAGAGCAGUGAGAGAAUGACAGACCAAAAUUAAUAUCUGGGUAUUGAAUUUUACUCCAAGAGAGCUGUUAGUAGGUAGAUAGGAUGUGUAGAUAUAAGCAUGAGUCAAAUAAACUUAUGUCUUUGUAUACAAAGUACAGUAAUCAAACUCUUAAUCCAUUGCCAUAUUUGUGUUCUCUCUACAUGUUGAGGUUCUUAUUUAAGACAAUGGGACGCUUGGACGGGAAAGUGAUUGUGCUGUCUGCUGCUGCACAGGGCAUUGGAAGAGCCUGUGCUAUAGCUUUCGCAAAGGAAGGUGCACAAGUCACAGCUACAGAUAUCAAUGGGGAGAAACUCAAAGAGCUGGACGGCAUUCCAGGUAUUAAAACCAGGGUGGUUGAUGUUACCAAGAAAGACCAAGUCGAGGCCCUGGCCAAGGACUUUGACCAUGUGGAUGUGCUCCUCAAUGUUGCUGGAUUUGUCCAUCACGGCUCUAUAUUAGACUGUGAGGAGUCGGAUUGGGACUUUACCAUGAAUGUUAAUGUCCGCAGCAUGUAUCUGACGAUCAGGGCCUUCCUUCCAAAGAUGCUGGCUCGUAAAUCUGGAAAUAUUAUCAAUAUGGCGUCUGUGGCGUCUAGUAUCAAAGGGGUUGUGAACAGAUGUGUCUAUAGCACAUCCAAAGCCGCUGUCAUCGGGUUGACCAAAUCGGUGGCAGCUGAUUUCCUCGAGCAAGGGAUCCGAUGCAACUGUGUCUGCCCUGGAACAGUAGAUACACCAUCAUUACGUGAGAGAAUCCAGGCCAGACCUGAUCCGGAUCAGGCUUUUAAAGACUUUAUGGCCAGACAGAAGACGGGUAGAAUGUGCACCGCAGAAGAGGUGGCACAUCUUUGUGUCUACUUGGCCUCAGAUGAGUCUGCCUAUGUAACCGGAACAGAAGCCAUCAUUGAUGGAGGAUGGAGGCUCUGAGGACAUGUUGUUGCAUUUACCUAAUAAACAUGCACAUAAUUCAGCAUCCAAAGUAUUAUAGAUAAUUACAGCUGAUAAUCAGUGAUUACAUCUAACAUUUUUAAUUCUGCUAGAAAAUCACUACCUUAGUAAAUUCUUGUCUAGGUUGUAUUAAUUAGAUUUAAUGAGUUUAAGAUUAUAACCCAUAGAUUAUGAUUUAUUUUGACAUUUUAUUUUAAAAUAUUACUACAGUAGAUGUUGCUGUACAUUUUUGCAGUCUAUUGUUUAGAACGUAUGUUUUAUAGAUUUAUUGUUAGGUUUCAGUAACAAAAAUAUAUCAACAUGUAAGCAAAAUGGUUUCAUUACGUAUUAAUUGAUUUUAUUUGGGUUAUUUAUAAACCAAAUGUCAAAAUAGUUAAGAUUGAUUUUAAUCAGAAACAUAGUAAUACAUACAAAUACUUAUGUAAAAAAAUAUGUAAAAUAACUCUUUGUAGCAACUGUGGUACAUUAUUA